AUGUCGUCAAACUCAACAACAAUAUCCUAUUCUUCUACUUCGUCAUCUUAUUCGCCAGCUGUACUUAUUAAUAAAUCUAUUGAUACAUCAACGAACAUCGAUCAAUCGCCAUCAUCUUCAUCUUCUUUAUUGAAUCUGGUUGAUCCUGUUUCUACUCCUAUUCAUGCAGCUUCUCAAUCAUUUCCACUUGAUCUAACGCUUAAUAUACGAUCCCAGAAAAGAAAACGUUUCACAGAUCAUGAAACAUUUCGCAAAUCCCUUCGAGCUACAGUCACAGAAGGUAAGUAA